CACUAGAGAGAGAGGAGAGAAUGAUGGGCUUUCUGCUGCAAAUUCUGCUGGCUCUGUUUGUCUCUCUGCUAGGAGGGCUUUAUCUCCUGGGAGCCUUCCGUCGGUGGAGACCAGGGGAACCCCCACUGGAUAAAGGCCCUCUACCCUGGCUGGGACAUGUGCUGGAGUUCAGGAGAGACACCGCAAAGUUCCUGGAGAGAAUGAAGAAAAAACACGGUGACAUUUUCACGGUGCAGCUGGGAGGGUUUUACUUCACUUUCCUGACGGAUCCACAUUCCUUCGGUUCGGUGAUCAAAGAGGCGCGUGCAAAUCUAGACUUCACCGAGUUUGCACGGCAUCUGGUCAAGCAAGUAUUUGGCUACGUUUGCAUAGAUGAUGACCACAAGUACUUCCAGACCUCCAGCAACAAGCAUCUGAUGGGGGAUGGGUUGGUUGUAAUGACUCAGGCUAUGAUGAACAACCUCCAGAACCUCAUGCUGCACAGCAUUGGCUCCGGCGACAACGGCAAACCGUGGCAGGAGGCCGGGCUCUUCUACUACUGCUACAACAUCGUCUUCCGCGCUGGUUACUUGGCGCUGUUUGGAAACGAGACUGCAAAAACUUCAGGAAAUUUGGAGAAAGCCAAGGAAACGGACCGAAAUCACUCAGAUGAACUCUUCACCGAGUUCCGCAAGUAUGACCAGCUCUUCCCCAAACUGGCAUAUGGGGUACUGGGGCCCUCGGAGAAGAUGGAGGCUGAGCGGCUGAAGAGGCUCUUCUGGAACAUGCUGUCAGUGCAGAAGAUCAAUUCCAAGGAGAACAUCAGCGGUUGGGUGAUGGAGUUGCAGCAGGUACGGGCAGAACAAGGCAUGGAUGAAAUCAUGCUGAACAGAUGCAUGUUACUUCUCUUGUGGGUGUCCCAGGGCAACACGGGUCCUGCCAGUUUCUGGCUGCUCCUGUUCCUAAUGAAGCACCCCGACGCCAUGAAAGCCAUCAGAGGCGAGGUGGAGGAGGUUCUCCGUGAAAUGGGGCAAGAGGUGAAGCACGGUGGACCACUGAUCAACCUGACCAGAGACAUGCUGCUCAAAACCCACAUUCUGGACAGCGCAGUGGAGGAGAGCCUUCGCAUGACAGCUGCCCCCGUCCUCACCAGGGCCGUCCUGCAGGACACGACUCUAAAAAUGGCCAAUGGGCAGCAGUACAGCAUCGCCGUGCAGAUGGACCCAGAAGUGCAUCCUGACCCACAUUCCUUCAAGUACAACCGCUUCCUCUCGGCUGAGGGGGGCAAAAAGACCGACUUCUACAAAGGGGGUAAGAAACUGAAGUACUACACCAUGCCCUGGGGCGCCGGGUCCACCAUGUGCCCUGGAAGGUUCUUCGCCACAAACGAGCUGAAACAGUUUGUGUUCCUCAUGCUCACGUAUUUUGAAUUUGAGCUGAAAAACCCAGAUGAGAAGAUUCCAGACAUUGACACCAAGCGAUGGGGAUUUGGAACCAUGCAACCGACGCGGGACAUCCAGUUCAGAUACAGGCUCAGGUUUUAGGUUCACUCCUUAAAAGAGGUGCCACAAAGGGCUCCUUGAGAGAUGCCGCACCAGAACCACUUUGGGCUUCCUAAAGAAGCACGUUUGAAAUAGAACAGUGCUUUCCAUUUUUCAGGUGGACUGUCUGGGAUGCCCUGAGGACUGGUUUUUGGGAUCUAUGAAAUAGAGAUUUCUAAGUAUGAAGAACCUUUGAAAGGGUCAAAGCACCUUCAUAUAUUACACAUGUUCUAUUCCAUUUAAAAUGUUUUGUUUGGAAUUUUAAUGGAUGAUCCUUAAAAGAAGCAUUUUUAUAAAUGAGAUGUGUGACCUCCACGUAAUAUAAAAGUUUCUUCCAGAACCUCACAUCUCAUAUAUAGAAAUGUUCACAUCCAUUAAAAGGCACAUUUGGGAUCUAAAAGUGGCUCCUUGAUGGCAUUGUGUAAAGAACCUUUUUUGGUACCUUUGUUUUUAGGAGUGUCAUACAACAUCUUGCUUACGCAAUGUUCUGCUCAGCAACUCGCCUAAUGAACUCUUUAUUUGAUUAUUUGAUAUUUGAUUUUUAAUUCCAGGAGAAAUUGUUGCAAAUGAUAAUAAAUACUCACACUAAAGGAUGAACUUAUUGCAUUUCCACUGUAUGUAUGUGUGUUUUUCUUUAAUCAAAAUCAUGUAAUGCUUCUUUUAUAUAUAUAUAUAUAUAUAUAUAUAUAUAUAUAUAUACAAAACAUGCUGCACAUUUAUUCUAUUGAUAAAAACUGUUUAAGUUUAGGACUUAAGACUUAACUACAACUGCUAGUAGCUUUGCAGCCUAUCAAUAAACACCUUGAAUAACA